AUGGCGCGGGCGCGGGCGGCGGGCUCGCGGGGCUGGCCCGGGUGGUGCGGGCGGGGCGCGCUGCUGGUCUGCGUCGCGUGGACCGCGGGUUGGGUGCUGGCGGCCGCGCUGCUGCUCCGCGCGCACCCGGGCGUCCUCUCCGAGCGCUGCACCGACGAGAAGAGCCGGCGCAUCCUGGCCGCGCUGUGCCAGGACUACCGGGGCGGCGCGCUCGGCGGAGACCUGUGCGAGGACCUGUGCGUGGCGGGGCAGCUACGGUACCGGCGCUGCCUGUACUACGAGCGGGGCAAGAAGGUGCUGCAGGCUGACUGGCGCGGCCGGCCCGUGGUCCUCAAGUCCAAGGAGGAAGCCUUCUCCAGCUUCCCGCCGUUCGGCCUCCUGGAAGGCCAGCCCGAGGCCGGCGGCCAAGGCUUCCCGGAGGCAGAGCUCCUCCUGCUGGCGGCCGGGGAGGUCAAGAGCGCGCUGGGCCUGGAGCUGGCCGAGGGCGGCCUGGGGCGGCUGGGCCUGGGGCGGCGGGGGCCCCGGCUGCGGGGUCAGCUGGCCAGCCUGUGGGCGCUGCUGCAGCAGGAGGAGUUCGUCCUGCUCAGCCUGCUGCGGGGCCGCAGCCCGCACGCGCCGCCCGUGCUGGGCUCCUGCGGCCACUUCUACGCCGUGGAGCACCUGGCCGCGGGCAGCCCCCGCCUCCGGGCCCUCUUCCCCCUGGAAGGCGCGGCCCGCGGCGGCCGGGCCCAGGCGCGCGCGCUCAGCGGCGUGGCGCUCAGCUUCCUGGACAUGGUCCGCCACUUCGAGCACGACUUCUCGCACCGCCUGCACCUCUGCGACGUCAAGCCCGAGAACUUUGCCAUCAGGAGCGACUUCACGGUGGUGGCUAUUGACGUGGACAUGGCCUUUUUUGAACCUAAAAUGAGGGAAAUUCUUGAGCAGAACUGCACGGGAGAUGAAGACUGCAAUUUCUUUGACUGUUUUUCAAAGUGUGAUUUGCGAGUGCACAGGUGUGGAGCCCAGAGAACCAACAGCAACCUGCAGGUCGUCUGCGACAAGAUCCUCCGCCACUGGUUCUCCUCGCCCCGCGGCAGCCCCGCCGUCUCGGCCCCGCUGCGGCGGCAGCUGCGGGCGGCGGUGCUCGAGUGCGCGGCCCCGAGGGCCCAGGGCGCGGCUCCCCGCGUGCUCGCGAAGCUGCGGCGCCUCCUCCAGGCCGCGCUGCGGGAGCUGCAGGAGGACGAGUAGCCGCGGCCCCCGCGGGGUGAGGGAGCGCGUCCGCAGCGCGGACAAGGGCCUCGGGGACGCUUACUGUGUGCGGAGGGGGCCGCCCGGCGCUGUUCGUCCCUCAGCUGCCUCCUCCCUCUGCUCUGCUUUGAGGAACCCUCCGGGCCUCGCCCGUCACCCCUUCGAAGUGACACAAGGGAGGGGGUCCCGGCGCCGGGUUCUCGGAAGGAGGCUCCGCUGUGCUGGAGCAAGAGCCCUGCCGGCGCCCUGCAGACGUCACCACGUCACAGAGCGCACCUGCGUGCGCGCACACGCGCAUGCGCGAGGGUGAAUGCGCACGUGGCCGUGAAAGUUGCGCAGGUGUGUGGACGUGUGUGCACGCGUGUGUGAGCGGGUGAGGGUGUGGGCCCUGUGCGCCUCCGGGCGGGGAAGGUGCCUUCUCUGGCGUAGCCACUGGCACCGCGGGCCUCGCUAGCAGAGAAGAGUCAUCUUGCUUUUGGAAAUGAAAACAAUAAAAAACCCGUCUCAUCUCUGGGAACUGUAGUUUGUACUGGCAAGGGUGUGAAAGCACAGUUUACAGUGUUUUUCAUUCUGAGGAAUGAAUGGAUUUUACGGAUUGUAACAUCGCUUUUAGGGAGCACUUCAUCUCUUAUCACAGUACAUCCUCCCUGGGAGCAGGGGUUGCAGGCUUGGUGAAUUCAAGGCAGAGCCAGGGCCAGGUGGCCUGUGCUCAGUGCCUGUCUGUGGCCCAGCGCCUCUCUGCCGCUCCAGUGAAGACCAGGCCGCAGGCCCCGUGUCACCUGUUGGCAGAAUUGGUUCCAGGGCGUUCCCGAUGCUGCGGCUCUGCUGCAAGAGAGCAAACGGGAGGAAACCGCAUGCUGGUCACUCCCCGGGUCGGGCACGUGGAGCCGGCCAGAGGUCUGUCCACCUUGGGGGGGACACAGCCCUAGUCCACAUCUGGGGAGGGUGAGAGCUCAGCAAACCACCACAGGCCACCCUCAAGGUAAACCCAGAAAGACGCCAAGAGAGGAUUAGGGAUUCUGUUGAUGGUUUACAAACAGGAGAAGACAAAUUCAUCUGAAGUUUUAAAAUAUCACAAAUUGACAAAUUCCAAGUAUUUCUUUUUUCCUUGCCCAAACCCCUUCUGAUGCAGACAAAGAGCAAUUGCCUAUGUAUGCUGGUUCAGCUGCACUUCCACUCACCCUGCAGAAGGACGUGUUGGGGGGUGUAGUCUAAGGCCCCCCAGUUCUAACUCUGUGACUCCCCACACUCUGGUUGGAAGGACCUCCCCCAUCGCCACUGGCAUUUUCCACAUGACUGAAUUUCAUCAAUGGCCUCCUCUAAUCAAAUAUAUGAAUGACCCACUCUGCCUAGCAGGCAGUAAAAAUCCACGUCUGUCACUUUUGUGGCAGAAGUAAACUAAAACUAAAGUUUGAGCACAGGCCCUGGAUUAGCAGAUUCUAAAAGAAAAAGAGAAUUGGCUGCGGAACAGAGGCUUGUUGCACCCGAGCUGUGCUAUUCGAAGUUGUGUCUGCAGUGGGGAGGGUCUUAACGAGCCUCUGGGCCCUCGGGGCAGGUUCUCUUUCUGAGCCAAAGGUUCCCACGAAGACAGUGAGAAAUAGACGGCCAGGGAGGGAGGCGCAGGGGCUUUGCGGUCUGUGCCCUCAAAACAGUCGUCUUUUGCAUUGUGAGGGCACAUGGGUCUCCUGUGGUUGCCCUGGGGUUACAGCCCUUCCUUGGCCUUUGAGCUAACCGCCCAGGCAGCGGAGGGAAAAGGUUCCUUUUCACUUCAACCAGAAUGGAAACAAAUGUUUCUGUUUGUCAUGGAGGCUGUGCAAUAUGUAAUUACCCAACACAAUAGUGUUUUUAUUAUUGAAAAUUGCAGUUUAUUCCUUCCCCUGCGUCUGACCACCCAUCUCACACACAAACACACACAGACACACACCACGCCCCUUUCCCAUCCCGCCUGGAGAAUUCCCUCUGUGGCAGUAUCUCUUAGACUGUGGUGAAGUUCAGUUUUUGUUUUUUGUUUUUUGUUUCAAUUUUCAAACCCUUGCAAAAUAAUACUUUUAUAUAAUACAAUAAACAAACACUGUAUCUGUAUUUAA